CUUGAUCUUCCCUGUACACCAAAAUUUAUAUAUAUAACCCUUAAGGCUAUGUCAUCUACACAAAAUCCAAGUAACUUCACAAUGGCCUGGCCACUUUCUUAUACCCUUUCUUUAUUAGUGAUAAUAAUACUACAAGCAUCACCAAUUACUACCCAAAAAACUGCCAAUAUAUCAGUAGGAGAAUCUCUUACAGCCACCAUUAAUGGUUCUCCAUGGCUUUCACCUUCUAAAGAUUUUGCCUUUGGCUUUACGAAAUAUCCGAACAAAACCAAUCUCUUCUUGCUUGCCAUCUGGUAUGCCAAAAUUCCCGACACUGUAGUUUGGUAUGCAAAUGAUGGUAAUCCAGUUCUUGAAAAAUCAUCAGUAAAGAUCACUGCUGAUGAAGGCCUAGUUCUUAAUGACCCUAAAGGAACCAGCUUAUGGAACACUUCUCUUGGACUAAGUGAUGGAGAUGGUGUAACCUAUGGUUACUUGAAUGAUUUCGGAAAUUUUGUCCUUAUAAUAAGUAGCAAUAAUGAUCCAGUUUGGCAGAGUUUUGACAAUCCUACAGACACUUUGUUGCCCACUCAGUUUCUGAAAAUGAAUCAGGAAAUCGACUCUCGACUAUCAGAAACUGACUACACAAAAGGGAGGUUUCAGUUACGUUUGAUCCCAGAUGGAAACCUGGUCCUUAAUACAAGAGACUUAACAAGCGGUUUUACCUAUGGUGCUUAUUAUACAACUGGGACUAAUAGCGAGAAUUCAGGGCAACAAGUGGUCUACAAUGAGUCGGGGUAUAUGUAUAUAUUGUUGAAGGAUGGUUCAAACUAUGAUCUGUUACCUCAAAAUAAGAUGCGCCCAGCAAAAGAUUAUUACCAGAGAGCAACUUUGAGCUUUGAUGGGGUUUUAACUUGGUAUUCUAUUCCAAAAACAACGGUAAGUGACGGUUGGUCGAUAUUGCAGGCAAAACCUGAUAACAUAUGUAUGACACAAGGAUCACCCGGGCCAGAUAUAGGAAGUGGGAUUUGUGGGUUUAAUAGCAUUUGCAGCCUUGGUGAUGAUAGAAGGCCGACAUGUACGUGCCCACAAGGUUACUCACUCCUUGAUCCUGACGAUAUAUACGGGAGCUGUAAACCUGAUUUCAAGCUAGAUAAUUGUGAAGGAAGUACAGAGAGUGUCAAGAAGGGCGACUACAAGUUAGUACGCCUUCCAACUACUGAUUGGCCGUUUAAUGAUUAUGAAAGACUUAAUCCUUCUACCAAAGAAGAUUGUUUCAGUUCGUGUCUUAAUGAUUGUUUCUGUGCUGCUGCCAUAUUCCAAAUCCAGGAUAUUCCUGGUUGUUGGAAGAAGAAAGCACCACUGUCCAAUGGAAGAAAAGACAACACUGUACUUGUGACUACUUGGAUAAAGAUUGGGACUGUUAACAAUUCUGAUGGCCCAUUGAAUACCAUUCCAACUGGAAAAAAUAAGGUAAAUUCUUUAACUAAGGCUAUAAUCAGUGGCUCUGUAUCUGUGAAUUUACUUCUUUUAGUAGCCAUUGGUUUCGGAAUUUUCUUCAUCUAUCCUAAGAAGAAACUGAAAGUUUUGAAUGAUGCCAAACGGAGAUCAAUAAAGGAGUACAGUAAUGUGUAUUGUUUUAGCUACCAAGAGCUCAUUCAGGCAACAAAUGGGUUCAAGGACGAGUUGGGAAGAGGAUCGUUUGGGAUAGUUUACAAAGGCAUCAUCAAUGGAUCAGGAAGUCCCCCAAUAUACGUUGCUGUGAAGAAGUUGCAUCGGAUAUCAGGUGAUACUGACAAGGAAUUCGAAACUGAGGUUAAUGUGAUUGGACGAACACAUCAUAAGAAUCUAGUACAACUAGUCGGAUUUUGCAAGGAGAAUGAGCAGAGAUUGUUAGUCUAUGAAUAUAUGGGCAAUGGUAGCUUAGCAGAUUACCUUUUCGGUGAUUUGAAGCCAAGCUGGAUAGAACGAGUUCAAAUUUCUCAGGGGAUAGCAAAGGGACUCUUGUAUCUACACGAGGAGUGUAGCACACAGAUCAUCCACUGUGAUAUUAAGCCUCAGAAUAUCCUUUUAGACCAAUAUCAGAAUGCUCAUAUUUCUGAUUUCGGGUUAGCAAAGCUUUUGAUCCUGAAUCAAACCCAUACAAACACAGGUAUUAGAGGGACGAAAGGGUAUGUUGCCCCGGAAUGGUUUAGGAACAAACCAGUCACAGUUAAGGUAGAUGUUUACAGCUUCGGGGUUAUGUUGUUGGAGAUCAUAAGUUGUCGAAAAAGUGUGUGCAUGGAACUCAUAGAAGAAGAAGGUGCAAUCUUGACUGAUUGGGCCUUUGAUUGCUACCAGUCUAACAGACUAGAUUCGCUUGUGGAUGAUGACAUAGAGGCACUCAAUGAUAUAAGACAAUUGAAGAGGCUAGUAACGGUUGCCCUUUGGUGCAUCCAAGAAGAACCAAGUCUUCGACCAACAAUGCGCACAGUCACUCAGGUGUUAGAAGGUGUUACUAAAGUGUCUGAUAACCCCCCUUGUCCAACCUCAUUUUGUAUUACAACUCAGUACUAGGAUUGCUAAAGUAUGCAUUUCUUUUGAGCUAAUACUUAAUAGCUGAAUUAUUGUUAAUAGUUUUUCCUAAGAUUUAAGCGUAUUAGCCUAUAAAUUACAGAUGAUACUUGUAUAUUAUUGAGUUAUUCUAUAAAAUUCCAGAAAAAGUUAUUUCAA